CUUCCUUCUUCCACCCGCUCAAAUCAGUCUUGCUAGCAGUCAGGACCGUCUUGGUGAAGAAGAACCAUUCCAUUACUCUAUUUUAAAAAAGAAAACCAAGAACAUUUUCUCUGCAUCCUCGAUUCAAAGGUGGUUUGCUAGUUGAGUUUUUCAAGAUGGGGAAGGAGCAUCUCCCUGAUGAUGCCAAUGUCUCUGAAUCUAAGGAGGAUGAUAUGCAAGAUGAUAAGGGAUUAACGCUGGCGAAGGAUGAGGUUUUGGUUGGGUCAACUGAGAGCAAGGAAACAGUUGAACAGGUGGCUGAAGGAAAUGUUGGCAAUGGUACUACUUAUAUCUACAGACAAGAUGUUGUUAGGUUUCUCAAAGAUGAUCGUGGUGUUGUUGGGAUUGUGACUGAGGUUGCUGGUGAUACGGAUUCAGAUGAAAGUGACACUAGUGAGGACGAAGACGACGAUGAUGAUGAUGCAGCUGGCGCUGCUGAUAUCAAAGGUGGUGAUAAUGAGAAGGAGGUUAAGGCUGUUGUCGCUGAUGAGGAGGACAAGGAGGAUGGGGAUGAGGAGGGUGAGGAGGAGGAUGACGAGGAUGGGGAUGAAAAUGGGGAUGGGUCCGACUCGGACGAGAUGGUCGACGAUGAGGAAGACGAGGAAAGCGAUGAUGAGAAGAGCCCCCCUCUUCCAGCUGACCAAGUUCGAGUUAUGUGGAUGGAUCGUUCGGAGACAACUCACCUUAUUAGUGAUGUGGAAGUGAUUGAUAGGGGGUUUCUGCAUGGGGAUAUAGUUGCAUCUGCCGCAGAUGCAACGGGACAAGUUGGUAUUGUAGUGGAUGUCAAUGUCUCUGUUGAUUUACAAGCUGCAGAUGGGUCCGUCAUAAAGGAUAUCUGCUCUAAAGAUUUGAAACGUGUAAGGGAUUUUACAGUUGGAGACCAUAUAGUUUGUGGACAUUGGUUGGGAAGAGUGGAAGAUGUUCUGGAUAAUGUAACUGUGAAAUUUGAUGAUGGGGCGGUUUGUAAACUUGUGAAAGUUGACCCCUUGCGGCUCAAGCCAAUUGUCAAGAAUAUCCUUGAAGAUGGCCAUUUUCCUUACUACCCAGGCCAGCGAGUCAAGGCAACUUCUUCCAUUUUCAAGAAUGGUAAGUGGCUUUCUGGUUCAUGGAAAGCUAGUCGUUUGGAAGGACUUGUUACUAAAGUUACUGUAGGUUCUGUUUUUGUCUACUGGAUAGCUUCAGCUAGCUCUGGGUAUGGUUCUGAAUCCCCAAUUCCUCCAGCCGAGGAACAGAGUCCAAAAGGUUUAAAGCUGUUAUCUUGUUUACAACAUGCAAAUUGGCAAGUGGGUGACUGUUGUCUUCUUUCAUCUCCUGCACCAGUGUCGUCCAUCCCAGUUGAGAAUGAUUCUUCGCAGACAAUGUCUGAUCUUCCAGUUGAGGAUGGAUUAGAUUCUGGUGAAGAUCAAGAGAAAUAUGAAGGGCACACUGAGUCCAUGGAUCUUGAUGCAGUCCCUAAUCUGGAUGUAAAUAGUGUACAUAUAGAAAGUACCACCUCACUAAAAUCAGGCUCUUAUAGCAGUUCUUCAACGGUAUCCAAGGGUCCUAUGCAUGAAGGUCGGCCUCUUCAGCGCAAAAAGCUGCGUAAAGUCGUGGUGAAGAGAGACAAAAAAGUUAGAAGAAAAGAAGACAAUUUUGAAAGAGCAUCAGUGAUUGCAAAUACAAAGACAAGGGUUGACGUCGUGUGGCAAAAUGGAAACACUGAAGUUGGACUUGUGUCAACAACUUUAAUUCCAGUCGAAAGUCCUGGUGAUCAUGAAUUUUAUGCUGAGCAGUAUGUGGUGGAGAAAGCUUCAGACGACGAUGACGUUUCUGAAGUUAGGCGUGUUGGGGUUGUGAAGAGUGUUAAUGCAAAGGAGCGAACAGCAUCUGUGAGGUGGUUGAAGCCAGUUGCCAGGCCUGAAGACCCAAGAGAGUUUGAUGAGGAGGAAGUGGUAAGUGUAUAUGAACUUGAUGUGCAUCCUGACUAUGACUACUGCCAUGGGGACGUAGUUGUAAGGCUGUCUCCAGUUUGUGUUUCGACCGAGGACACUGAACAGCAGGUUGAUUUGCACGGAACAAAUCCGGAUGUGAAAAAGCAUUUGGGAUCAUCCAAAGAAGAAGACAAGUCAAACGAUGACUCUCAUGGGGAUUUUUCAGAUCUCUCUUGGGUAGGAAACAUAACUGGUCUUAAGAACGGGGAUAUUGAAGUUACGUGGGCUGAUGGCAUGGUUUCAACGGUUGGGCCUCAAGCAAUCUACGUGGUUGGUCGGGAAGAUGACGAGGAAUCUAUUGGAGCGGGGAGUGAAGAAAGUGAUGAUGGAGGAGCAAGUUGGGAAACAGUUCAAGAAGAUGAAAUGGAUCCCCUUGGGAAUGCUGAAGAGGAAGCUCCACAGCUAAAUGUUCACAUCAAUGGUGAGGAAGAAACACUAGUUCACUCAGAAGAGAACAGCUCUAAUCGAAAUGGGCCACUUUCAAUUCCUCUUGCUGCCCUUGACUUUGUUACCCGGCUCGCUGUUGGGAUUUUCUCCCUAGGAAAAAGGCAGGUUGAUCCUCUGUCUUCAGAUUCCAUUGGUGGGAGUGAUCCUACAUUACUGGGGAUUAAUGAUUUCCCUGAGAGAAAAACAGCAAUUGGUGAACCAAGUAGCUCUUUAGAUAAUAAUGGCGAUAGUUGUGGUGCACAAGCUGCACACGUAAAUGCCGAGGGACUUGGUCUUCUGUUGGAGGGCAUGGAGGUUAUGAAGGUAACCGAGGCUUUCAGCAGCUUGACGACCGAAGAUCCUAGUUCUCCCAGCAUGACAGCAUCUGGUGAAGAUGAUACUAGCUCCUUUAGACGAUUCGAUACGGCCAAAGAUCCUCUUGACCAUUACUAUUUGGGAGAAAACGGACAGAAUAAUGGAAGGAAGUGGCUCAAGAAGGUUCAGCAAGACUGGACCAUCCUUCAGAAAAACCUUCCGGGUACCAUAUAUGUGCGGGUUUAUGAAGAUCGAAUGGAUCUGAUAAGGGCAGUAAUUGUCGGAGCAUAUGGGACACCUUACCAAGAUGGCCUCUUUGUUUUCGAUUUUCACCUUCCUCCAGAAUAUCCUCAAGUUCCACCGUCGGUAUACUAUCAUUCUGGUGGCUGGCGGAUAAACCCAAAUUUGUAUGAGGAAGGCAAAGUGUGUCUUAGCCUUUUAAAUACCUGGACUGGCAGAGGAAAUGAAGUUUGGGACCCAUCAUCUUCCAGCAUUCUUCAAGUCCUAGUCUCUCUCCAGGGUUUGGUGCUGAAUUCUAGGCCAUAUUUCAAUGAAGCUGGGUAUGAUAAGCAGGUCGGAACAGCCGAAGGAGAGAAGAACUCAUUAUCAUACAACGAGAACACUUUUUUGCUUAACUGCAAGUCAAUGAUGUAUCUUAUGCGAAAGCCUCCCAAGGAUUUCGAAGAGCUUGUUAAGGACCAUUUUAAGAGGCGAGGUCAUUACAUCCUUAAAGCCUGUGAAACAUAUAUGAACGGAUACUUAAUUGGCUCUCUUAGGGAUGAUGCUUCACUAACUGAUAACAGCAGUGACAACUCAACAUCAGUUGGUUUCAAGUUGAUGUUGGCUAAGAUAAUGCCAAAGCUAAUUUCUGCAUUAAGUGAAGUUGGUGCGCAUUGUGAUGAAUUCAAUCAUUUACGAGAUUCAUAACAGAAAUAGAAACAGAAAGAUGCAUCUUUUGAAGGACUAACAGCCGAUUUGGGAAAAAGAAAGAAGAAGAAAGAAGAAAAGAAUUUCUGUUGCGUGCAGGCCGGCCCUGAGGUCAUAAAGUGAGCAACAUAUUUUUAGGGGCAUCAUUUUUUAUGUUAUUUUUUUGUUAAGAUAUAUUGGAUUAAUGAUAUAAGUUUUUAACAAAAAAGUCGAAACCUUUUUAGGGGUG